AUGCCGUCCGAAACUACCUACGCCGAUGACUUCCAGCAGCGGUCGUCCGGCGCUAUGUUAGCGAUGCCGUACCCUCCUCUUCCCGCGUCGCCCACCCUCACGAAUCCUGACAUGAUUUUACCCGAGUACGAACGCUCAUCGUCGCCCGACCGCUCUCAAUCCCCUCUGCAUAUGUGGAAGGCCCCCCUUACUCUCGCCGACAUGCAGUACCACAUGCCUCUCCAAAAUGCUUUCCCCGCAGGACCCAUCACCCCUACUACUCCCAUCAUCUAUGGCAAUGGCACCAUGCUAUCGGAUAUUGGCGAGGUCACCGAGGUAGAGAGCACCGUUGGUGGAAACUCACGCCCGGCGUCUCCCAUUCCCUUUCGCGCCCGUAGCUACAACAACAGCGGCAGCGAUGCUGCCCUGCGAUCCUCGCCCACCAUGGGCGCCGGCGUCGUUACCGCCCCAACAGCGAAACAACGGCGCAAGAAUGUUCCGCGCGAACGGAGCAACUCGAUCGAGUCCACGAGUACUGUGACAACGUCUGAUAGGCCUGCGUUGUUUGCCGACUUUGACGAUGCCGUGAGCGUCGGCGACAGCAACUUCCAGGGAGAUGAUGAAGAGAGUGUGGCAGAGUCGCUUGCAGAUGACGCGUCUGUCCAAUCCACCCGUUUGCAGUCUGGAGGCAAUGGCAGUGGACUAAACGAAGAGAACAGAUAUUCAACGAGUUCGAUAGGCCGACGUGCCGAGCUCAUCCUCGCCAACGCAAAGCGGAGGCUGACGACCAUGGAAGGAAAUCUAUCGAGAGCCCGCAGCUCCCUUUAUAUCAACUCGACUCUCGAAUCCGACGGAUCAUUAUCAGCCCCCUCUCCCCCCUUUGCCAGCCCCCUCGGUGCAUCGAGCGAACCAAACUCGGUACCGUUGAAAGUAGGUCAUUCGAGAAUGCCGAGCGACAACCUGAUACAGACCGAUACGAACACCAGCCCACCGAGCGCUUACCCGCGAAGGUCUGCUAGCGCUCUGGGCGCAGCCGGGGGCUACCGCCAACCCCUCAACGGCUCCAAAAGCCUCGACACUCUGAAACUGGGGCUGGCUCGAUCGGUGCAUGGGGCACCCCAUAAUCAAACAGAUAAUAGCCUUGAGACACUGAGCGAAGAUGAGUCUGGCAGUGAGUCAAAAUCAAGGAGGACCAGUGCGCACCUGGACGGUUUCCUCAGCCCAACCUUUGGCCAUCAUCCGGAUCUACCAGGUUCACGUCCUGGCUCUGCCGCUCAGAUGCGAGAACUGAAGGAGCAGAUGAUAGGGCUGAAGGGCAAGAUUUCGACGCUUCGUGAACAGGCCAGGGCCGAUAGUUUGAAGCGCCGAAGCCUCCAGAGUCUCCGCACUCCCAGCCCAUUUACCCAUGCUCGGAUCGAGCAGUGGUAUGCUGAACCUCAGAAGCACUCCUCGGACAAUACUGACACCACUGAGAGGAGUCCGUGGAACGGUGAGGUUUCCAGUGUUGAUAACGGCGAAGCUGGUAAAAUUCUCAACGGAGAAAAUGCCCACGAUCCGGUUUCAGCUGCAGAUAAACCGUCAUCACCUCCUCGCGAGUAUGAAGUACCCCCCGAGGAGGCUAAGAUUGAGAUUUCUCCAAUGGACUCAGUCUCCAUCAGCCAUGCCGACCCUCCAUCGCAUGAGGACCCAGCGGUGGAUGGCGAAGGGUCCGACGAUAUCGAUGAUAUGUGCACUGAAGACGGAAUAGAGCCCAUCGACGACGACGACGAGCCUUUUCGGCGUUCCAUUAGCGGAUACACCAGUGAAAGCGGAGACUCCCUUUAUCAUGAUGCUUAUCAAACCCCGCUCUCUCACGAAGAUAGAGAGGACGCAUUCGAUUACGAGCACUUCUUUUUGCAUAGCGCCAUGGGGACCAUCAGUCAGCAGCAAUUCCAGCGGCGAGGAAGCGUCGGUUCUGACGACUCAGUCGAAACCACCAAAGGGCCCAUCUCGACAGUUAACGAGCAGGAGGUGCGGCCUCGUCACCAUACUAGAAGGGGAAGUGGCGAUACGACCUCGACCACGGACACAUUUGCAACUGCCGAUGAAGGCAAGAAGAGCCCAGUCACCACUGCUGCUGAGGCGCCCGCUGGUGUCGAGGAAUCCAAUUCAUCAGCGUCGGGCGAACCGGAACCGGAGCUGGAACCGGAGAACUCGUCAUCCUUUGGUUCCACGAAUUAUGAUGAUUAUAUAAAUGGCGUCCGGGCUCGGCGGCGGCAUAACUCCGUUAUCUACCGACCCACUAGGACUAGCCUCCAUCGCCCAUCAGUGUCUUCCUUCGAAUCGACUGGUACAAAUAGGAGCUUCCCACUUGUCAAUGUCAACAGCAAGGUGAAGAUGAAUGGUGGCAUCCUGACCCCACAAGGUUCCCCCGACCAGGAAUUAAAGAGCAUCUCAGACACGCUCAUGAACGAGACGACGAGCAUCUUCAGUAAAGAAGGCAUUGAGGGUGGAAGUACCUCUCCAAUCCAAUCGCUACCCAGAGAAGAUCAACUCCUCGUCCAGCGCCUAGUCGCUAGCCUAGGGCGGUGUGUUCUCGGUUUGAGCGAGCACGACCAAGGAUCGCCGCAGCAUAUGAUGAUGAAGAGAAGGCUGAAUGAAGCAAGACUGAUUCUUGAGGGUGGAGGUUCAACCGCGGAGGAGUAA